CCUCCUCCUACCGUGGCCGCCGGGUCUUGCGCACUGCCACCGCCAUGCGAACUCAGCUCGAGCGCUUCGCCCCUCGCGACCGAGAACUCGCACCUGUCAUGCUUCUCACUAACUACUCUCUGUCUCUCUCUUUCUCUCUCGCUCUCUUUCUUUAAUAUCCCUCCUUCUUCGCUAUCGCUUCGGCAUUCAAUCCUGCUCCUCCAUUCACUAAUACCUGCUCGUGAUACCUUGCUAGCUAUAUCUAGCUUCUCCCCUCCUCUCCCCUCCUCUCCCCCCCUCCCCCUCUCCCCCACUUCCCCCCACCAUGGCUGAGAAGCCAUACACGUCCCCCGCGGCAGCGCGCAGCCGCAAGUGGCUGUGGGCGUCCCUUGUCGCCCUCGGCGUAGUCGGCAUCGCCCUCGGUGUCGGCCUCGGCGUCGGCCUUAACAUUAACAAGAAGGACGCCGACAAGGGUGCGGCGGCCACUACCGCCCCCGCCGGAGCCGUCGCGACCACCGUGCCCCCCGCCAACCCGAGCACACCCGUUACAAACACCACCGACCCCGUGCACGGCGGCAGCGGCGGCAACGGCUCGAUCGUCACCACCGACCUCAACGCGACAUUCACGUACAUCAACGAGUUUGGGGGCACAUGGGCGUAUGAUCCCGUCAACCCGUUCAACGUCUCGGGCCAGGCGCAGAGCUGGACACCCCCGCUCACGGAAGAAUGGGUGUGGGGCAAAGACAUUAUUCGCGGUGUCAACCUUGGCGGCUGGCUUGUGACCGAGCCAUUCAUCGUCCCUGCGCUCUAUGAGAAGUACAACAAAGCCACGCCCAAGGCGAUGGACGAGUACACCCUGUCCCAAGCCAUGGGUGCCAACCUCGCCAAGGAAAUGGAGGAGCACUACAAGACCUUCAUCACCGAGAAGGACUUUGCGGACAUUGCCGCUGCGGGCCUGAACUGGGUCCGCAUCCCCAUCGGCUUCUGGGCCAUCGAGACGCAGGGCGACGAGCCGUUCCUCGCCAAGGUGUCGUGGUCAUACUUCACCAAGGCCAUCAGCUGGGCGCGCAAGUACGGCAUCCGCAUCCUCCUCGACCUGCACUCGCUCCCCGGCUCGCAGAACGGAUGGAACCACUCGGGCCGCCUGGGCGAGAUCAACUGGAUGCGCGGGUCCAUGGGCCUCGCCAACGCCCAACGCUCGCUCGAGUACCUGCGCUCGUUCACGCAGUACAUCUCGCAGCCGGGCAUCAAAGAGGUCGUGCCCAUGAUCGGUCUCGUCAACGAAGUCCUCUACGCUGAGGUCGGCAAGGACGCCAUGGGUUCUUUCUACUUUGAGGCGAUGGAGAUGAUCCGCGGCAUCACGGGCAGCGGGGCGGGCAACGGCCCCCUCGUGGCCGUGCAUGACGGCUUCCAAGGCCCGGCGAACUGGGCGGGCUUCCUGUCCGGCGCCGACCGCCUCGUACUCGACCAGCACCCCUAUCUGUCCUUCACGGGCCCGAACCAGAACCCGUGGGCGCAGCAGACGCGCCAAGCCUGCGGCUGGGGCGGCGGGGUGAACGACACCUCCAGUUCGUGGGGCAUCAUCAUUGGCGGCGAGUGGUCGCUCGCGACCAACGACUGCGGGAUGUGGCUGACCGGCGUCGACGCCGUGGGCGAGUACGAGCGCGCGUACGGCUCGUGCGCCCAGUUCGAAGACUACCGCACGUGGGACGCGGGCUUCAAGCAGAACGUGCUGGACCACGCGCUGGGCAGCAUGGACGCGCUGCAGAACUUCUUCUUCUGGACGUGGCGCAUCGGCGUGUCCAGCGUGCGCGGGUACGCGCCCUCCCCGAUGUGGCACUACCAACUGGGCUUGGAGCAAGGGUAUAUCCCGAAAGACCCGCGCGCCGCCGGCGGCUUCUGCAAGCGCAGCGGGUACUGCCCCGGCUGCGCCGAGUUCGGGGGCACGUACCCUGCGUCGGCGACGGGCGGCGCGUCGCACGCCAUCAGCCCCGCCCAGUCGGCAGAGUACGGGAACAUGGCACAGGCGAUCGUGAGCCCCGCAUGGAUCGCGGGCAGCGCAUCCCUCCUCCCCACCCUCACGCAGACGGGCACGCCGAUUACGCUCGCCGUCCCCGCCGAGUCGGCGCAGUGGCUCUCGGGCUGGGCGAACGCCAACGACCGUGUCGGCGCAUGGGUCCCCGUCGCGGGGUGCCCGUACCCCGACACAUACGCGGGCACGGACCCCGGAUCCAUGCCCCGCGCGCUGUGCAACGCCAACGGCGUAGGACCCGUCGUCGCGCCCGCGCCCGUGCCCGCGCCCACGCCGGCACCGACCCCCGCCGCGCCUGUUCCUCCCGUUCCCCCCGCGCCGACUGACGACCCCUCGACGUCCGCCCCGGCGCCUACGACGGCCGCGCCGACCGAGGCGCCCACUACGCCGCCCGCGUCCAGCGCUAGCAGCGCGUAAUCUGUCAGCUGAAGACGUAGACGCAUGGCGUAGCCCCGGACAUUCUCUCCUUACUCGCACUCGCAUACCAACGGGUGCGCCAACACUCUCCCUACCUAGCCUCGUUGUGGUCCUGGUUAUAUCUCAGCGGACAAUACCAUAGUCAUAUGAACACUUUGUUAGUGUGGGAG